AUGCGUAUUCUACUUUUCUUGGCCUUGGCCACGGCCGUCGUCGCUCUGUUCGAUGCCAUCAUUUGGGAAGCAGAGGGCUUUUACAAAGCCUAUCUAAUGGAAAGGAUGCUCUACCCAGAGGAAGAACACAAAUGGGUCAUCUGUCCUGAGUGCAAAUCUGGGAUAACUACAGAUGCCUUCCGGGCUGAGCUCCGGGCUCUUGGGCUUCCGGAGAACACGGCCAACAUUGCUGAAUUCAUAUCUACCAUUGGCACGCAGCAGCUGGCCCAUUUUGGGCACCCUCACGGCGGCAUACUCGAAGCUAGGUGGAAGACGAUGAAUUAUCGAAUGAUUGACUUGCUCGAGGAGAUGCGCCGUUUGCGUCAGGAGCUGGACGUCUAUACCUUUUUGUUCUCGGGGCAAAGGUUGCUCAAGUCGGAUCUGCUGCCCGAGUCGGUGAUAGCGAAAGGGGAAAUUGACCUGCCAACGAUGCAAGAUCUCGUGAUGAAGCGUGUCGAGCAGUGCCGGCAGGCGGCCAAGGGCUUGGUGUUGGGGGCCAUCGAGCGUCUGGUGUCGGAGCGUAUCGACGCGCUUAUAGUGGAAAACAUGUACCGCAACAGCGAUCAGGCACGCUUCAAAAGGGCGUGGUAUGCCUCGGAGCUCAGCAUCGGCCCCCCUCCGAAGCGGUUCGACGUGAUCACGACGCCCGAGCACGUCGUCUUCCCCGACGGCACCGUGCCGCAGCCCGAUCCCCUGAACAGGCGUCCGGGCAUUGAGACGUGGGACGCCAUCGACCAGGACGCUACGCUCGCACAGGGCGGCCACAGUCCUCUGGCCGUAGCGCGGCGCAAGGCGGAUGCGAAAAAAGCCAGCGGGUACGGAAAGUCGACCAAGAGCAGCCCCGUGGCCCAGGACCACCAGGCUGUUAUCGAGAAGAAUCUUGAGAGCAUAAAGUGGCAUCAAAAACCCCCUGGCGAGUACUUUGCGUGCCGGAAGAAGGGGUCAAAACGCAGCUUCCUGUUGAUCAACUACUGA